AUGUUCGAAAUGGGGGCCAAGCAGCAACCGAUAAUCAUUCACAGAGCUAUUUUGGGUUCUAUUGAACGAAUGAUGGCAGUAUUGACCGAAAAUUUUGGCGGAAAAUGGCCAUUUUGGUUGUCGCCGCGGCAAGCUGUUGUUAUACCUGUUCAUUCCAACCUGAACGAUUAUGCAGCUGAAGUGAGGAACAAGAUCUUCGAUGCUGGGUUCGAAUGCGACGCUGAUUUGGACAGCAGUGACACGCUGAAUAAGAAGAUCCGUAAUUCACAGAUGGCGCAGUAUAACUUCAUCCUGGUAGUGGGCGAGAACGAGUUUAAGCGCGGCACAGUCAACGUCCGUACAAGAGAUAACAAAGUUAGUGCCGGAAUAAAUUUUCAUUUUCGGUUUCUUAGUUAA